UUUCAAUACUGCAAAAAAUUAGCGUUAGCACUUUGAAAAGCCAGGGAAAGCUGUUCCAUCAAAAUAGCGACAAUGAAAAUGAAGCUUGUUUUGACGUCGGGUGCCAUCCAUCCCCCAGAGUGGCGAGGAACAAGAACUAAACACCGUUGAAAGUCUGUGUUUGUGGGAUGGCGGUGUGAUGGUGUUCGCGCUCUAAACGUUCCGUCAGUUGCUUUGUUUGGACGGCUACAACAGAUAUCGGCGGCAUGAGUGAUCGGGCAUUUGAAAACGAAUUCAGUGACUAUCACGCCGGCAAGUCAGAUGUGGUGCUUCCUGAUGGCAGGUGGACGCAAGAAUUUCAGAAGGACAUUCGGAGGCAUCUUUCCGAUCUCCUUCGAGAACUGGAGCGCAACCUCGCGAAACGCACCGAUUGGUCAGAUUCUUCUGUCUACACAGGCACUACAGGUGUGGCUCUGAUGUACAUGCGCCUAUCUGAUGUUCUGCAAGACACAUCAUAUUUGAACCGGGCACUGCCACUGGUAGAAAGGCAGCUUUCGAACCUUAAGGAACGCCGCUUCUCUUUCCUCUGUGGUGAUCCGGGGCCUCUGGCCAUUGGAGCUGACCUCUACAAUCGCCUUGGAAGGUCCCAAGACUCUCACAACCUGAUCAGAAGGCUCGUGAGCCUAGGCAAAUAUGUGAUUCCCUCCACCGGUGACAUACCUGAUGAGUUGCUGUAUGGACGAGUUGGCUACCUCUAUGCACUGCUGUACAUCCGCAAGCACGUGUCACCGACUGCUGUUGAUGAUGGCCUUAUCAGAAAUGUGGUGCAAGCUGUUAUGUCGUCAGGACAACAGCUGUCAGCUGAGGAGAAGAGCCGCAGCCCACUCAUGUACCAGUGGCAUGGCUCCUUCUACCUUGGUGCUGCUCAUGGUCUCGCAGGCAUCUUCUACAUGCUGCUGCAGGCAAAGUUCGUGCUUCCUGAAGCUGAGCUGACAAGGCUCGUGCAACCCAGCAUCGACUGGCUGGCUGCACUUCAGUACCCGUCUGGCAACUACCCGUCUUCGAUUGGAAGCAGCACCGACAAACUGGUUCACUGGUGCCAUGGGGCUCCAGGCACUAUCCACAUGUUACUGCUGGCACACUUGGUGUUCAGGGAGAACCGCUACCUGGAACUGGCUAAGAAAUGUGCUGAUGUCAUCUGGCACCGUGGAAUCCUCAAGAAGGGCUAUGGCAUUUGCCAUGGCACAGCAGGCAAUGGGUACGCCUUCCUGCGCAUGUACCAGGUCACUCGAGACUGCAAGUACCUGCACCGGGCAGCCAAGUUCUGCGAAUGGUGCUUCGACUAUGGGCUGCACCAGUGCCGCAUUGCAGACAGACCAUUCUCCCUCUUUGAAGGCAUGGCAGGCACCAUCUAUUUCAUGGCUGACAUGCUGGAGCCAGAAAAGUCAGCAUUUCCCGCUUUCCAGCUUGGCUGAAGUCCCAGAUGUGUCAUGGUGUGUAUUCAGCUACGACAGCCUGUCUAAGCUUAAUGGUCUCGUGGUGUUCUCAUUGUCACAUCACGUGGAGCAUUGGAGAAUAAAGAUUCCCGAGGUGCGACCA